CUGAAUAAUCUGCACAUUGGGGCAGCUCCAGCGAAGCCAUUUUAUUAUUAUUAACAGCAAAGGUGCAGGUGCAUCAAUAUAUAUAUUUUUAUAGUCACACUUUUAAUUGCAGAGCUCACGACACCAUGGGGCAGUGCGGAAUUACGUCAUCCAAAACCGUCUUGGUUUUCCUCAAUCUCAUAUUUUGGGCUGCAGCUGGAAUUUUAUGCUACAUUGGAGCCUAUGUGUUCAUCACAUACGACGACUACGACCACUUCUUUGAAGAUGUGUACACUCUGAUUCCUGCUGUAAUAAUAAUUGCAGUCGGGACUCUUCUUUUCAUCAUCGGCUUGAUUGGCUGCUGUGCAACAAUACGUGAAAGCUCCUGUGGUUUGGCAACUUUUGCCGCCAUUCUUCUGCUGGUAUUUGUAACAGAGUGUGUGGUGGUGGUCCUGGGCUACAUUUACAGGGCAAAGGUAGAAGAUGAAGUGAAUCACUCCAUCCAGAAGGUUUACAACGAAUACAAUGGCACCAACACUGAUGCUCCCAGCCGCGCUAUUGACUAUGUGCAGAGGCAGCUUCAUUGCUGCGGCAUUCAUAACUACUCUGACUGGAGGAACACACACUGGUUUAAGGAAUCCAAGAACAACAGUGUCCCAGUCAGCUGCUGUCAGCCCAACAUCAGCAACUGUACCGGCACUCUCACUCGACCAGCAGAUCUUUACCAAGAGGGUUGUGAGGCUCUUGUCGUGAAGAAGUUAAAGGAGAUCAUGAUGUAUGUCAUAUGGGCUGCUCUCACUUUUGCAUCUAUACAGAUGCUGGGCAUGCUCUGUGCCUGCGUGGUGCUGUGCAGGAGGAGUCAUGACCCAGCCUACGAGCUGCUGGUCACAACCAACAGUUACGCAUGAAGGACGCAGGCGGGCCAAACAAAGCACUCAGAAAAUGAAAAGGAGCGUCACCGGACAUGUCCACAGUAGAUUUCAGCUGUAGUUAUAUAAGCUCAAGCACACCUUGCACAAUUCAUCAUAAAGUAGCGAACACUGGUGAUGUGGUUUGGGUGGGUGGGGGCUUCAAGGGGAAACCAGUUAUUUAUUGACAUGCUUUGUGAGUUACUGUUACUUUAAAUGUUCCUUGUUUUCUUACAAAUACUUAAAUAUUUACAGAGGCCAAAGUUGUAUAUGGCUAAUUGACAUUAUUGAUGUUGAUGCUGACUUUUUUUUUUUAAUUGUGGCUUCUUAAAAUUUGAGCUCAUCCCUGAGGAUGAUGAGAGGUAAUUUGGAGCAUAUGUGUGAAAAUAUGUUUGGGAGUGUUAGAAUGUAUUUCCUUGUGUGCUAGUUUGCACUACAACUGGAGCUCUGGAGAUAUUUCAUGGUUGUUUAAAUGGAAAAGCUAUGCUAAAAAGGAUAUGUACAUUAUUCCUAAGAACUUGAUUUGACCAGACUUUGUGAAAAUGAAAAAGACAGAACAGAUUCAGUGUUUUUAAGUCUUAACAUUUUAGUUUGUGGAGCAGCUCUUGUGUUUUGUCUCUCAAAGCCAUGUUUGGUAGAAAGGGUUCUUCAUAUUCACAAAUAUUCAGGUUGUGAAUAAUGUACAUUCUGUUUUGGUGUGGAUGUUUUCUCAAUCAGGCUUCAAUAGUGAGGCAUUGCCAAUAUAUAAAUUGUGAAUUAACCUUUUAGUCUCCAGUGCUAUUAGUACGAGUAUUAUCAGUGUUACCUGAAACCUGUGUAGAUUCAGUUUGUUACAGUCAGAAAAUCUCUCUUGUUUAGUUUGUUAGCUAUAAUCCUGCUAUAAAGAACAUUAUUUUCUACAUUUUUGUGAAAGUGUGCACCGUUUUAAUAUUUUGGAGCUGUUAAAUUGACCCCUAGAUAUUUAGCUAGUACCACAGGAAAAAAAAAAGUCAAACAAAUAUUGUGUAUUGACUGGAGAACAGAGAGGAGACAAAUAAACUCAUUUCAACUUGA